GGUCUUGUUUUGCACACACGCCAGUCGUCCACCGUAUUCCUCCGUUUCCUCACUAGUCUCCGAGUUUUGCUAAGAAGAAAAAGAAAUUCACUUGUCUCAUUGGUGGAAGAUUCUCUGCAUAUUUUUCGCGAGAAAGUAGGAAAUAGCCAAUAGCUACCAUAUUCAACUGAACUGAAGAACAAACGACCCUAUCUUUCUUUGUAGCGAGUGUAUGCUGAGUCAAAUCGUUCUACUAUACGAUGGAAACGUCAUUAGAGUUGAAAGAAGUUCAGAAACUCGAAGGUCACACCGAUAGGGUUUGGAGCUUGGAUUGGAACCCUGCCACCGGCCACGAUGGUAUUCCACUCGUCUUCGCUUCUUGCAGCGGCGACAAAACUGUUCGAAUCUGGGAACAAAAUCUCUCCACUAAUCUCUUCUCUUGCAAGGCGACUUUGGAAGAAACGCACACUCGAACUGUUCGGUCUUGUGCUUGGUCACCAACCGGGAAAUUGUUGGCAACUGCAAGUUUUGAUGCCACCACUGCCAUAUGGGAAAAUGUUGGGGGUGAUUUUGAGUGUGUCUCUACUUUGGAGGGACAUGAAAAUGAAGUAAAGAGUGUAUCUUGGAAUGCAGCUGGAACUUUGCUUGCAACUUGCAGUAGGGACAAGUCUGUUUGGAUAUGGGAAGUGCAGCCAGGUAAUGAGUUUGAGUGUGUGUCAGUGCUGCAAGGACAUACUCAGGAUGUGAAAAUGGUGAGGUGGCACCCAACGGAGGAUAUCUUAUUUUCAUGUAGCUAUGAUAAUAAUAUUAAGGUUUGGGCAGAUGAAGGUGACAGUGAUGACUGGCAGUGUGUUCAAACCCUUGGAGAACCCAAUAACGGUCAUACUUCUACUGUUUGGGCCCUCUCCUUCAAUCCUAGUGGAGACAAAAUGGUUACCUGUAGUGAUGAUCUUACCCUAAAGGUAUGGGGAACAGAGAGCAUAGGUAUGCAAUCUGGUGGUGGAUUUGCUCCUUGGAGACAUCUUUGCACUCUUACGGGGUAUCAUGAGCGGACAAUUUUCUCAGUUCAUUGGUCAAGGGGAGGUAUCUUUGCCAGUGGAGCUGCUGAUGACGCUAUUCGGCUUUUUGUGGAUGAUAACAGUGAAAGUCAGGUUGAUGGUCCUUUGUACAAGUUGCUACUGAAGAAGGAUAAAGCUCAUGACAUGGAUAUAAAUUAUGUGCAGUGGAGCCCUGGGGAGAAGCCACUGCUAGCCUCUGCAAGCGAUGAUGACAAUCAAGGUGUGGGAUCUGGUAUCAUAGUGGUGAUACUAGUUUAGCAUAUUUGCAGUAUCAGCAGCAGAAAUUUAUACUGGUGGGUAGAGCCUAAUAGUAGAAAUGCUAUAUCUGCGACAUCCUGUUGAUUUUUUUUUUAUUCUUAUUCUUAAAUAGAUUUUGAAUACUGUAUUUUUUAAGUCAGAGUGUGAUUGUAAAUUAUAUUUACUAUCAACUAAACUUUGCAUUUUUGCCUAAGAGUUGCUUAAAAUUAUUCACCUAGAGUGAAUUAAUACUGUAAGUAUACAUUACUUCAAUCAGUUGGAACAGAGAUUUUCCUUUAGUUGGGCAACAGGUAAUUGAAUUGAAUCGAUUGAGCAAUUUCAUAAUGCCCACAAUUUUCUGA